AUGGAGAAAGCAGCCAGAACUCAUGUUGUUUUACCGAAACGAUACGUGAAUGCAUCAAGGAAACACCCUCGAGUUGCUGGUUAUUAUACCAAUGAUUUUGCAAGUGGAGCAGGACCUUUGAUUGGUGGUACAGCAGGUGGAAGCUCUUUUGCUGCAAACACAGGGGUUAAUUCGGUUGGAACAGGAGCUUUUGGAGCCAAUAGACCCACGUCAGCACUAGCCGUGCCUUCGAUGGACUUCAAUCCAGCACUGCUUGGAGGCAGAAUUGGAAAUCCAGGCGUUUUGUUACGUGUGAAUAUGCCUACCUUCAUGUAUGCCACACAGCUGAUGCGACAAAUUCUCGACAGAGAGAUUGUUAAGGCGAAAAUUCCACCGAUCACGCAAGAAGUGAAAGAGGUGAAGUUAAUGCUGGAAUGCCAAGCAUUUAUCUUAAUGAUGGUGUUACUUGAAGAGGAUAUUAAUGAUCAGGAUAAGAAGAUCAUGAUAUCAGACUCACGGAACUCAGUUAUUCAGAUAGCCGGACGUAUAACAGUGUGCAACAUUCACGUCUCAUCGUACCGUCCUCCGUGCGAACUUGGUGUGGUACCUCUGGCUCCGAAUCACUUGUUGUUAUCAGUUCAUGAUUUGGACGUUGGGGUGAGUUUCUACCCAAAUAAAUCCGUAACGUUCACACUUUUUCCCGUGCUUCGGCGAAUGGCUGCACAGAAAGUGCAAGAGAUGGUACCAGAGCAGCUGUGUAAGGCAGUUCCGAAAAUGGUCAACGAAAAAGUGAAUCCACUAUUUAGGAAACUACCUCAGGGCAUUCCAUUCUCGCAGAUUCUUUCAAUGGCUGGCGGGUUGUUUGGUCCAGAUAUACCUCCAAUUUGUUACUCAGACAUGUGUCAAAAGCGUAACGCCCCUCCAACUACUACGUUAGCACCGCUGCCCCCUCUCGAUCAGUCGUCGAAUCUACCCCCAGAUGUACCUCCUCCUCCGGCCCUUGACGCGAAACCAAACGCGAAACCCUUACCAGUGUCCACAAACACGAACUCAAUUUCCACAACAUCGUUCGGAAAGAAGCCUCUGCCCUCAAUUGGUGAUGAACAAUAUCGAUGGAGACGUGCUCAUGCAGCUGGACGAUCAGCUAAGACCUUCGUACCUGGUCGAGCAGCAGCUCGUAAUUCAGUUGUCAGAUCGAAACGUUCCCCGAUGACCUUCCACAAUAAUCCGGCUCCACCUCAGGCUCAAAAACUGCUUCGAUCACCGACAUACUCAAACCAACAACAGAAUCAAAAUCAGCGAACACAUAAGAAUAAUGCUGCAACGAUCUCAUCAAAGCAUUACGUUAAUCACAAUCUCAAUUCCAAUCAACAACAGUUUAAGUCAAAUGCACAACUGAACCAAGUACUGCGUAAUAAUGGUACAUUUGCAAAGGCACUCGGAACGGCCGUUGGCACGGCGUUCAGUUUUGCAGCCAGAUCAGCGCUUGGAGGACAGAGCGUAAUCGGUAGCAAUAUCAAUAGUUUCGGCGCUAGGUUCAAUGGUGGAGGUAUCGGCGGAGGUGGGGGACCGAUCAGUAUGAGCCAAGUGGGCAUGCGAGAUGUGGUCGGGUUUAGAGGAGGUGAUCCGUGUGCGGUAUGUCCACCGGGCACCGAUAACGACCCACUUGGUGCAGUGAUGAGCUUAUUGAAGAGUUCGUUCGAUUUCCGGCGAUUGUCAGAUUUGGUGCUCUCAUUGAGACUGCUGAAUGGUUAUAUGACACCGAAUAGUAUGAAUUUGAUGGUGAGCGGUGAAUUCAGUCCAGGCGGUUACGGAGGCACUCCGUUCGGUCCAUAUCCAAUGCAGUUCCCAUCACCCGUUGGGAAUCGCAUGGUUGAAGCGUUGAUCAGUGAUUACACGAUAAAUUCAUUGCUUUAUUGGAUGCAUAGGUUCGAUUUUUUAAAAGAAUCACUUUCAUUGAAAGGAUUCCUUGGUUUCCGAUUAGGUCCAAAUACACCAAAAAUUGGCGCCUUGCUCAAAACAACAUGUUCAAGUGACGAUUAUGACUAUUCCAGUUCUGAAGAAACCUCUGCUACUGAAGACGAAGACACUGACACAGACAAAGGUGAUGCAGAUUUGGCGUCUGAUACGGAUAAAGCAGAUACUGCUAAGGAAGAUACUGCUAAGGAGGAUACUGAUACCGAUGAUGAGGAAAGGAUGGGCCGAAAGGUGAGAAAAGUUGGUAAGCGACGACUGAAAAGAUGGCGGCGAUUAUCUAUGUUGAAGUGGUUCAAACGACCGAAACGUCAAGGACUGUCGUCGUUGGAUUUGGCAGAACUGGGCGUGUGUUUGGGCGAUAUCAUGCCUGCGAUCUCCGAGAAAUAUCCCAAUAAGAACCUGACUUUGUUCGUGCACACUGCACGGGCACCGUCGAUUCUGUUGGGACGAGGAGGUCAAGUAACAGUGGAUUUGAUGGCACUUGUGGACAUGUACAUAGAUGGAACGAAUAAUCGUAUUGGGACACUGCUGAUAACGACGGUUAUCGAUCUGACUGCGAGAAUCGUUGGACAGCGAUUAACUGGAAAAGCCAAAUUGGAUGUGUUGAAAUUUGUUGAUAAAGAUAAAACAUUGGGUACUUCGGACUCCUCGUUGAACACCUUGGCUGGUAUAGCCAAAGGCAUGAUCGCUGGAGCAGCUAAUAAGCAACUAGAAAAAGGAAUGGAUCUGAAGAUGCCACAACUGAGUGGACUUCCAGUCCAGAUCAUUAAUCCACAAAUUGCUUUGGUCGAUCAUGCCAUAUAUCUUGGUGCAGAUUUUAGUAUAUCUCCGUUGUUGCUUCAAUCUUUGUGA